UCGGAUUUCGGGUCAAUCUGUUUGCCUUACUUUCCAUAAGUAUCGAUCAGGUUUUAUUUACUGUUAUAAUUGCUUUCUCUCAUUGAUCAAUUCAUCAGAUUUUGUUCAACAUUUGUUUGUUUUCUUGCUAAUUACAGGUGUACAAACCAAUUUUUCAAUCUUUUAGUAGAUUGAAACGAUCAUCAUUAUUCAUCCAAAUAAGGCCAAGUGAUUUUUUAGUUAAGUUUCAUUUUUUUUCAAAAAAAAAAAAAUCCACGAAUCAGUUUUUCGUUCAUCACUUGAGUUUCUUACAUAAAAAUGUCCGAUGGAACAUGUUCGGAAGAAUCGGAAGAUUUUGUCGAUGCUGUUGAUGAUGUUCAAACAACACCGGUUACAAUAAACAUUACUGAUUUUGAAAAUGAACCCUUUCCUCUUCAUCGUGCCGUAUUUGAAAAUCGGCCAUUGCACUUUCUUACAGAAUUAUUAUCGUCCAUUACUAAACGGAACAAAUCUAUGGAUAUUGCCGAUAUUGUUGGACAAAAAGAUCUUCAUGGCAAUACGCCAUUACAUUUGGCAGUCAUGUUUGGUCAUCGUGAUCAUAUAAAUUUUUUACUUCAACAGAAUGCACCAAUCAAAACGAAAAAUAUUCAAGGAUGGACACCGUUAGAUGAAGCUAUCAGUUAUGGAGAUCGUAAAAUAAUCAAAAGUAUUCUAUUGCUUGGCCGUAAACAAGCUCGACAAUCAUUGGGUAAUCGAUCACCUAAAUUGAUGGAAACAUUACGAGCGAUCAAAGAUUUUCAAAUGGAAUUACGUUGGGAAUUUCAUUCAUGGAUUCCUUUAUUGAAACGUUUCUUACCAUCGGAUGUUUGUGCUAUAUCUAAACGUGGCUGUUCAUUUCGUUUGGAUACAACCCUUUUAGAUUUUAAUGAUCGCCGUUGGCGACGUGGCAAUUUAACCUUUUUGUUUAUCGGUAAUAAUGUUGGAAAAAAAUCUUCAAGUUCUAAUACAGCCGCCGAUCGCCAUUCAUUGGUUAUCAUGGAUAAUGAGCUUAAAGUUUAUCAAUACAUUCGUUAUAAUGAAGAAAUGGACAUUGAUGAAGAUGUCGACAUGUUAAUGAGCACGGAUUUAGUUUAUCUUCAACCCAAUACCAAAGCGAUUUCAUUUUCAAGAGCACAAAGUGGCUGGUUUUUCAAUCGUUAUAACAAGACGGAAAAAGUUGGACAAUUCGAUGCUGAUUUCUACAACAUAAAUGGAUUUAUGAUUGAAACAAAAAAACGUCGUGAACAUCUGAGUGAAGAAGAUAUUUAUGCGAAUAAAGCAAUUUAUGAGACAUUGAAAAAAUCUUUGGAACAGCAAAAAAAUCACCGAAAAUCAUCGCAAAAAUCUUUGGAAGAAUCAUCAUCAUCGUUCGAUGAUAUCGCCCAAAUCGAUCAACCUUCCAAGUUUAAUAAUACACAGCAAUUAUCGACUAACAAUGGAGGUAAUAAUCAUAUUAAUGGUGAUACAUCUCAUGAAACGGAUGCUGAUGAUCAUCAUUCUGGUGGUGAUGGUGGAGAAGAAACUGAUGAUGAAGAAAAUCUUAUCGAAGCAGCUAUGGUUUCGGCCAUGUCCGGUCAGGAUGAUCAAUUACCAAUUAAACCACGGCGGUCCCUUCCUCCGCCAACACAAACUAAUGUCACAUGGGAGCAAUACAUUAAUGCUCCAAAAGGUAUGCCACCAUGUCUUGGUCGCCAAUGGGAUCUUAAAGUACGAACAAAAAAUUUAAAAGCUACCAUUGCUAUGAGUCAAGAAUUUCCACUGUCCAUUGAAUCAUUGUUGAACAUAUUAGAAGUUUUCGCAACAUUUAAACAUUUCAAAAAAUUGAAAGAAUUCAUAAAUUUAAAUUUACCACCAGGAUUUCCUGUUAAAAUUGACAUUCCGAUGAUCGCAACUAUAUUGGCAAGAGUUACAUUUUUAAAUUUCAAUUACAAUGAUAAACUUGAUGCCAACAUGUUUGAAAUUCCAGCCGAUUAUACUGAAGAUCCGAAUCGAUUCCCGGAUCUAUAAUGACCAUAUUCAAUAAAUUUUUUGUUAAUUCUAAUAAAUUUAAAAAAAAAGUUGAUACAUAAAUAUUAUAUACCCUGUGAUUAACGAUAACUAAAAAAGGACGAUAAACUUAGUCAUUUUAUUGAAUUCAUUACAUAUUUAGAACCGAACAUUUUUUUUAUGAUAAAUAAAAAACAAACACCGAAUACACAGAAACAGAUUCUACAAACUAAAAAAAACCAUUCGAACAUGUUA